GUCUGAGAGUGAGAAGUGUGGACAAGGGACUUUGUUGGAAAGCGAAGAGGGUGGUAUUGAGUGGCACAAAGUGGGUGUGUGCACCUGACGGGGGGCGGGGUUAUUGGGGGACGAUUCCGAGAGCAGUGGGGGAAGGGAGUGCGCUGGAAGCCGGACACAAUACAAAGGACUGAGAGGGAGGUCUAGAAUUGAGGGUGAGAGGUGGGGUCGCGUGGUGGAGCGCUCAAGGGGCGUGGCCAGGAGACCUUUCUCGGUCGAGGAGGUGGGAAGGAGACGGAGUCCGAGGGCUGAGGAGGGGUGGGGACAGGCUCACCCCAUGGAGGCGGGGAGGAAGGCGGGGCCUGGGGUCUGAGAGGCGGGGCAAGAAGCCUCCGGGCCGGAGUGCGGCGGAGUCUGAGAGGCGAGGGGCGGUCCCAAGAGUGCUGUCACGGCGCGAAGUCUACCUUUCUGUCUGUUCGCCUUUUCUUUGGUUGAGCCUUCCGUGUGUCCCGAGGUGCCGCCGUCAUGGAGUCGUCCACAGGCCUGGAUGCCUCACUUUUGAUUGCGGUUUUGGUAGUUGGUGCAUCAGUAUUACUACUGUCUUUAAAGAGCAUGAGAUCCCCAAAGAAGAAAGACAUGAUCACGUUACUGGAUCCAAGUACUAAAUACUCACUGCCCCUGAUUGAGAAACAGGAAAUCAGCCAUGAUACCAAGAUGUUCCGGUUUGGACUUCCUACAUCAGAUCACAUUUUAGGGCUCCCCAUAGGUCAACAUGUUUAUCUCUCUGCCAAAGUCAAUGGCAAUCUAGUGAUCAGAGCCUAUACUCCUGUUUCCAGUGAUGAAGUGAAAGGCCAUGUGGACCUUGUUAUUAAGGUUUAUUAUAAAAAUGUGCACCCUAAGUUUCCUGAAGGGGGGAAGAUGUCCCAAUACCUGGAUAACAUGAAGAUAGGAGAUACCAUCGAUUUCCGAGGGCCAAAUGGGCUCCUGAUUUAUAAUGGACAAGGUAAGCUGGCAAUCAAACCAGAUAAGAAGAGUGACUCUAAGAUGAAGUUUGCCAAGAAUUUGGGAAUGAUUGCUGGCGGGACAGGAAUAACGCCAAUGCUGCAGCUGAUUCGGCAUAUUACCAAGGACCCUAAUGAUCACACCAAGUGCUCCCUUAUCUUUGCUAACCAGACUGAGGAAGAUAUCCUCCUGAAAGCGGAGCUCGAAGACGUGGUGAAGAAUCAUCCGGACAAGUUUAGUCUGUGGUACACCCUGGACAGGCCACCUAAUGAUUGGAAAUAUAGCUCCGGAUUCAUUAAUGCAGACAUGAUCAAGAAUCAUCUCCCGCCACCAGGAGACGAUACCAUGAUUUUAAUGUGUGGUCCUCCUCCAAUGAUCCAGUUCGCCUGUCAACCCAACCUGGAAAAACUGGGCUAUACUCAAGACAUGACUUUUGCCUACUAACAAAUACCUAUUACAAUUAGCAAGUGUAUCCUGGUCCUUUUUGUAUUGAACUUCAGAAUGUCUUGUUCAGAUGCUUUAGUAUCUUUUAAAAUAGUUUGCUUUUUAAAACAUUAAAAUAAGCCAUUUUCAAAGUUGUCUUCUCUCAAAGUGAGUUAACAAAAUUUAAGUACACAAAAUCUCUUUCUGUUCUUACCUUGUUAUCUUGCCUGAAAUGUCUGCGUGCUCUUGGUUCAGGGACCAGAGCCUGAGAAGGUACAUUCAAGCUCUUUAUUUUAGUGAAAUAAAAUUUGUGUAAAAUAAAA